GCUGUGCUCGGUGCGGUCCUUGAUCACCUUCGUCAAGUACAAAUAUGUAGUACUUGCGUGAAACGUUUUUCUGUUGCUCAUAUAUUGAGAACAUCACAUGAAAGUGAAAUUCAGACUAAGACCCAUUUUGGAUUUCAGUCUGUCCGUACUGAAGAAAAGGAACAGAAAGUCUAUGAAGUCUUCGAGAAUGUUGCCAAAAAGUACGAUCUUAUGAAUGAUGCUAUGAGCAUUGGUGUCCACCGCCUAUGGAAGGAUCACUUUAUGCAAAGGCUUUCACCAACUCCUGGCACCAAACUUCUAGAUGCUGCUGGUGGGACAGGUGACAUUGCCUUCAGGUUUCUUCAGUUUAUAGAAAGUCAGUCAACCUCAUCAUCAGACAGUCAGCACAUAAACAGUCUCUUCACAAUUCAGAGAGAAACAGGAACUCCAGUUAGCACAAGUUCCACUGAUGCAACAGAUGAAUCACCAUCUUCUUCGUCGGAUGAUGAAUCCAGUUCAACAGGAAAAAAUGAAUGGAGAAAGGCACUAGAUGAACAAGGAAGCCAUGUUACUGUGUGUGACAUCAACCAGCCAAUGCUUGAUGUAGGAAAACAGAAAGCCUUGAGAAAAGGUUAUAAAACAGGUAUAUCAUGGGUGCAAGGUAAUGCAGAAAGUCUUCCUUUUCCUGAUGCAUCAUUUGAUGCAUACACCAUUGCCUUUGGAAUUCGAAACUGUACAAAUGUACAGAAGGUUCUUGAUGAGGCAUACAGAGUACUAAGACGAGGUGGCCGGUUUAUGUGUCUUGAGUUCAGUCAAGUCACCAAUCCUGUGCUUAGAAGUCUCUAUGACUCAUACUCAUUUCAAGUGAUUCCUGUAAUGGGCCAAGUGAUUGCCAAUGACUGGAAAUCUUACCAAUAUCUUGUUGAAAGCAUUCGGCAGUUCCCUAACCAGGAAGGAUUUGCUGCAAUGAUUCGUAACAGUGGAUUUCGUAUGGUAACAUAUGAAAAUCUAACAUUUGGAGUGGCUGCUAUCCAUUCAGGUUUUAAACUUUAAAAUGCAUUUGACUGGUGCCAGGAUGAAACUACGAAAGAUAAUUUGUGUAUGAGUGUGAGAGACAAUAAUCGUGAAGGGAGACUGAAUGUUUAUUAACACUAUUGUUAAAUAAAACUCAUGUUAGUGGCUUAGAAAAUUUACUUGGUAUGUAAAAUCUCUGUCAACUGAUUCAAAAUGUUGCUCGUGAAUAUUUCCAAACAAGGGAGAUAUGACAGCAUGUUGGGAUAGACCAUGGAAGUUCUUUUACAUUGUUUUUAUUAUUUUAUUUUUUGCAUUAUGUAGAAGAGAUUCACUUAUUUGCCCUCAUGUCCACAGUUCAUUAGCAUCCAUCAAAGCCACAUUUUAUGAGGUUUUCUCACUUUUAAAGAGGGCGGUCUGGUGGUGCAACAGUUAAUGCCUGUCACCAGUACAGUGAGGGUUGACUGUCCUGGGUCCAGUUCUCGCCUCAGGCACACUGUUCUUUCUCUGCAUGCGGCAUCUGUUUACAGGGCUAGCUGCCUUGCCAAAUAUAGCCUUUGCUGCUGCUCAGCAUAAAACACUAAUUCCACCCCAACUCCCCUUUUAAAGUUCCUACCAAAGUACUUUAAUCACAAUAGUUCAUUUAUAGAGCACCUUAUCCCACCAACGAAGGUGGAAUCAAGGUAUACAUCUUACUAAUGCUCACUCAGUCUUUUUUUGUUCUCUCUUACACACACACGAUACCAAACAUGUCACAUUCAGAAAGAAUUAUGUCAGAGUGAGAUACCCACAACCCCUGAUUCUCACUGCUAUGGUGACACCACAUUCACCACCAACCACCCCUAUCAAAGAUGAAAGGGUUGCUGCUUUAAAAAGAAAAAAAAAAUUAAACUGUGCCAUCAAUAUAGUUAAUUUGUAAUUUUUUAGCCUAACUAUUGAUCUUACGUUUGUAUAAAUUGUUUUAUCAGUAGACUAGUUAGCAGAUACUUUAAAACAAAUGAAAUUUGUGAAUGCAACUUGUCUUGCUCAUGCUCCUACUAGCAUUGUCUGUAGAAAAGUUACCUCAGUGGACAUGGGCUAUUUACUGUAUAAUUCUGAGUGCCAUUGUGUUAUAGAUAAAACAAAGGUUGCGAUUAACAAAGUAUAGUCAUGAUCUAGUCUAUUGUGUUAAACAUAUGCUUCAUCCCAUUCAAGAAUGCCAAUUUUUGACCUCAAGAAUAUAUGUGUUUGAAUUAAAUCAAACUUUAUUUUGUGACUUUUAA